AUGAGAAUGUUGGGUUGGUUCUGCGCUGUAAUACUGUUCACACUGUUCAGUUCUGAGUUAGUCGAGUCGAAAUUUAAACCGCGAACAAACGAUAAGGACUUAAGUAAUUCACCACAUACCCAUGAAGGUGAACACAGUGCAGCAUAUGAUCAUGAUGCAUUUCUGGGGAGAGACGAGGCCAAGAGAUUCGAUGAUCUAACACCGGAAGAAAGCAAACAAAAACUGGGUGAGAUUGUGGACAAAAUUGAUUUAAAUAAUGAUGGUCAAAUCACUUCCGAAGAAAUGACUGUAUGGAUUAACAAAGUAUCCAGAAAAAUGCUCCUUGAUGAUGUUGAUCGCGCUUGGAAAGAUUUUGAAUUGCUAGACGAAGACAAGUUGCCAUGGGAGAAACAUGUUGAUGAGCUGUUUGGUGAAGACGGAGAUUUAGAGGAUGAAGAUGAUGAAACAAAGAAAGCCUAUUCUGAAAAAGACAAGAGGCGUUGGAUGGCUGCCGAUGCAGACGGAGAUGGGAAGCUAUCAAAACUAGAAUACUUAGCAUUCCUUCAUCCAGAGCAUGAACCAAAAAUGCGAGAUGUCGUUAUAAAGGAAACAAUGGAAGAAAUUGACAAAAAUAAUGAUAGCUUCGUUGAUCUUGAUGAAUAUAUCAAAGAUCUGUGGUCUCCGAAUUCACCUAAUGAAACGGAGCCUGAAUGGGUUAAAACUGAAAGAGAGGAAUUUGCCAAACGACGCGAUAUUAAUGGGGAUGGAAAACUGGAUCUGGAUGAGGUCGGCAAAUGGAUCGUACCUGAAGAUUACAAUCAUGUCCAAGCAGAAGUAACCCAUUUAUUCUCAGAAUCAGAUGCAGAUCAGGAUGGAAAACUCAGCAAAAACGAAAUACUCAAUCGUUACGACUUAUUUGUUGGUAGCCAGGCAACCAAUUUUGGGGAAAUCCUAAUUGGUCAUGAUGAGUUAUAA